ACGUUUUUUAAUAAUUUUGAAACUUUUGAGGUUAUGUUGUAAAAAAGUUAAAAAUUAUUUAAUAUUAUUUAAUUGAACUGUUUGAACGAUAUUUAAUAGUUUAAAUAUUUUAUUACAAUGGUUUAUACUGAAAAUCAUACAAAUUUCUUGCAAAACAUGUUGAAUAAUGGGAUUAUGGACAUGUCUAAGGGGCUAGAAUUUGUUUCUGCAAUUUGGGGCGAUGAAUCCAAUGAAGAUACAAAACUACCGACAAUAAUCAAAGAAAUCAAUGAAAAAAUCAGCAAAUUCAAGCAGCAAAUUAAAAUAAUGACCUGUGACAUCAGUCGUGAUUCAAAAAUUGUUUUUAUACGCACAGUAAAUGACAAGAGGAGCCGAUUGAAUGUGUUUCACACUCCUGCUGAAUAUGAAUUCUUCAAAAUAAUCCUCAACAGCAUGAUACAAGAGGAUGAUUUUAUGAUCCCCGUAAACACUUGCUUGAACUUUAGAUUGCAGCUGGAGGCUCCUUUGACACUCUCUCUUGUCCGAGCACAGGAAUUGCUCGACAUCUGGUCAAACGCGGGCUACUUUAUAAUAUCCGACGACGACAAUUUAAUGUUUGGAGCAAGAACAAUUGCAGAAUUUGAAGUGUACUUCAAUGAUACAUUCGAAGGACUGAGCAGCAAGCACCCCUUCGCCGGUGAGCAUGUCACCCACAGACAGGCGCCUUCUGUGCGCCCUCAGCGACUCGGCGCCCUCGACGACGACGACGACGGUUUAGCGGUUGCUAAGAUGCCCUCGUCGGCCGGAGCGAGCCGAGACGGUUCGCUUCGCCCGGGGGCGAUUCCUCACGAUGCACAAGCGGAGGCGCAGAAUCCGGCUAUUAUAUAUUGGAUGAUAUAUUGGCUAUUAUAUAUGCUGCAAGGGCAAGCUCAGUGCAAACAAUUGCCACAAGAACCAAAUUAA